GCAACACCGGUUGCCUGCAGCAUCAGAACAACGAUGGAAGAAUUUGAAGAUGAUGGUGCCCCUGAAGACCUGGUUCCAUGCAAAACCUGUCAAAGAUGUUUCUUUCCCAAAGUCCUGGAGAAACAUGCUAAAAUCUGCCAAAAGAUGAUGACCAAAAAGAGGAAGGUUUUUGAUUCCAGCAGACAGAGAGCUGAAGGCACCGACAUAUCAACACUCAAACCCAUCAAACCAAAGUUACACUGUUCAUCUUCUACCACUAAAUCCUGUCAGCCUGAACCACCUAAAAAGCAGUCCAACUGGCGUAAGAAACAUGAAGACUUUAUCGCCACCAUCCGAGCUGCCAAGGCUGUUAGCCAGGUUGUGAAGGAUGGGGGACCUUUACCGCCACCACCUCCUCCUACCUACGAUCCAGACUACAUCCAGUGUCCUUACUGUCAACGGAGAUUCAAUGAGAAUGCAGCAGACAGACACAUCAAAUUCUGCCGCGAGCAGGCCGCUCGAAUGCCCAACAAGAGCAGGACAGUAGAGACAAAGAAAACCCCAAGUCGCACACAGUACAAGCCUUCUGCCCCUGUAAAGAAGAUCAGCUCUCCUGCUGUGUCAACCCCAUCAGCGUCCUCCCGUUUACCUCAGAUAUCAGGCCUUGGACAGCUGACCAGUGCUGUGUCUAGUAAAGUUUCCUCUGCAGGUUCUGUGAAGACUUUUCCUUCCGGCCUCACAAGCCCUCCGUCAGGUGUUGGUGUUAAGACCCGAGCCGUGAGCGCUGGUUACGGUUCUGUGAAGAGCACUCAGUCAGGUGGAGGAAUUAAGAAGAAAGCCAACGUCUGGGUGUCUCAGACUGAUUCCAACAGUGGGGAAGAAGUUGGCAACAGCGGGCUGAAGAGCAGGUUCUGCUACGCUUGUGGAUCCAAGUACCCAGUUGAAUCCGCCAAAUUCUGCUGUGAGUGUGGAAUCAGGAGGAUGCACAUGUGAUGGAGGACAGAAAGUCGGGAUGCACCGGUAUUCAGACUAGAGCCAGAGGUUCACCAAAGUUCAUGCUGAGAAUAGGAAAACUAAGUGUUAUCACUCAAAGCAACCAGACAGAUUUUCUGUUCUUCGAGUUCUGUGAUCCGAGUCUGUUGUUACAAAUGCUGAAUUUUACUUUUCCUGUUUUCGUUUGGUGUCGACAGCAGGUAGCUGUGAGCGUAACCUUCAAAGCAGGUCAGGCCAUAAAUUGGAUGAGAUUAACAUGACCAAAUGGGUAUCUGUUAAAGGAUCUGAAAUCCAUCCUUCCUCCCUUCUUGCCGUGCUCCCUCACAAACUCGCCGUGUCCCGACCGGAGUGCAGUAAGUUUGACUAUUGAAGAAAACAAAGUGGGUUUGUAAAACUGACCCAUCGCAAAGAUGUCAUCAUUUAUUUAAGUGUUUAGUCCAGACGGAAGCAGCUUUACAGGCAGCGUUUGUCCCCAUUUCUACAAAGUUUAACCAUUACGAGCCUGAUUGUUUUUCUUAAACAACACAAAUGUAGCAUCUACCUGAACUCUCGUAUUUUAUACAAUACUUUAUUUUCUUUAUUUGUGUUCAUUUUUUCAGACUGAAGAGUUAUGCCUUGUUUUUGUUGAUGUGUUCCAAAAUAAAUGUUUUAGUUUGGCUUCGCGUCAAAUGUAAAUGCACCUGGAUGUGAUGCAUUUGGUUGUUUUCCUCUUCACAGUCUUUCUGUUGAGUCAGUGUUCAGUGCACGGAGGCAUUUAGAAUCAGUAAUACAGGAACCAACACUCUGGUUGGACACUAUAAAGGAGACUCAUGAAGGACAUGUAUCCCAGAACGUUACAUCAUUUCCAGAGGAUGUCAUGUGACUACUGAUGGUAUCGGGAUAUAUGUGCAGACGUUAUGCCUUAUAGUGGGGUUAAAAUUAGGGGUUGGAAUUAGGUUAAGACUAGUACAGAGUGAAAAACAGUGGUUGGGAUCAGGUUAAGUCUGAGCUUGGGUUAAACUUACAGUUUAGUGGUGGUUAAAACUUGGAUUAGGUCAAAUUUAGCACUUAAAACUAGGAUUUGGAUAAAAUUACAGGUUAAGUUAAAAUUGGGAGUUAUAUUAAGGUUGGGAUUGGAUUCAAACUAGAAUUCAGUUAAGAUUAGCAUAAGAUUCAUAAAAACAUUGAGUUAAAUUUAGGUAUUAGGAUUAGGUAUUAGGUUGAAGUUAGAGAUUACGAUAAAGUUGAAGUUUGUAGAAUUUGCAUUAUGUUAAAGAUGGGGUUAUAUUAAGGUUAGGAUUAGGUUCAGAUGAAGAUUGGAAUAAAAUUGGUUGGAUUAUGUAAAAAUUCAGAUUUAGGAUAAACUGACAAUUCAUUAAAAAAAUUGGGAUUAUGUUAAAACUGGGUUUAAAUUGAGGUUUGGGCUAUGUUAAGAUUAGGAUGAAGUUAUUAGGGUAAUCUUAGGAUCGUGUUCAGACUAGCCUUGGUUUAAAAUUAGGGGUGGAUAUGGUUAAUUUUAGGUUUGGAUAAAGUUAGAAUUUGGUUCAGAGUAAUUUUGGGGUUAGGUUUAGGUCUGUAAAGUCUCCACCAGACUCACAGACACACACGUCAUGUGACAGUCUUUGAGAAUGAUGUAAUGUUCUUGUUAAGUGUCCGUUGCGAGUCCCCUCCAGCCCUCUCCAAAAAAUAAAGGGCUGAUUGUAAAACAGCUUCUAGGUGAAGCCAAAGUAUGUCCAUGGCUUGUUUUUAGUGGUUGGCUGAAGUGGAGUUUAUUAACCCUGCCUGCCCUAUAAGUAAUAUCGAAUGUGUACGUUUUCAGCAAACCAGCUUGCACACGUUUAUUGAACAGAAUCUGGUUUAAAAUGAGGUUAGCAGAAUCAACAUUUGCUGUAUUUUGGCUUCACUGUUUCACACUGCGAGUGCAGGAUGGCACUGUGUUCAUCUUGGCUUCAAUUCUGUAGGUUCUUUCCCUCAGCCAACCAACAGAGGAUGGCAGAGGUUAUGUGAUCAAAACAUGCUGGUUGGAUUUUUACGAUGUUACAUGGAGAGAUGGUCCUUGGGUCCAGAAUAUUUGAGCAAAUUUUGGUGGAAAUUUAAAAUUCAGACCUCUCAAAAUAUUUCCUUUUUUCAUUCAUACCUUAUGACAUCACAAAGAUCUGAUGAGGGAGGGAUUCUUUCUGACUGCCGUACCCCAGCUUCAGAAUUUUAAAUACAUUUUCCAUCACUAAACUCAAUCUGAUUUGAGCCCUGUAUUUGCACAAAGGUUUUGGCAUGAUGUACGAGUCGAGUUCUGCGUCUGAAAUGAUUGCUCCAAUCCGUGCUGUUGAUAGACGUUUUCCCGCCAACUACUAUUGGUCACAUUAUAGCAAAGACAUAAACAUUCUGAGCCCUUUGGAUCCAAGACACCAACCCCAGACCAACCACAUUUCACCACGGCAAAUGUUUUAAUGGACUUUCUGGUGUUUCUGUAAUGCUUAAAACAGUUGUUAGCUUGGAUGCGGUUGUGCACUUAAUGCCAUGUAUAUUCACAUUAAUAAACAUCUGUGAAGA